GCUAAAGUGAAAAUAAAGAAGGGAAGGAGAUUGUCAGACGGACGGGCGCGAGCGGCGGCGGCGGGUACCCGCCGACGUCACAAUGCUAUGCAAAUGAGCAGCGCCGGUGCGCAUGCGUGCUGUCCUCCCGAGUGUUUCCCAAGUGUUUCAAACUGGGUUCGCUGUUUCCACGUUGGAUUCAAAGCCCCGGGAUUGGGAUCGGACUGUGCAAGGGUGGAGGGGGCACUGAGGGCAAAGAGGCUGUGCCCACACGGCAGUGUAAAAGGAGAGACCUUUCCAAUCCACGCUUCCCUCUUUCUGUCUCCGCUGUGCCUUUUCAAAAUUGGUUGUUUAUUUUUUCCGUAAAAGAGAAAGGCGGAGUGAGCGAGAGUGAGGGGCUGAGGCUUGCAUAGACCAAGUGAGUGAGCGAGUGUGGCCCAAGGAAAGUCCGCCUGCUCCCCACCCCUUCUGCCCCAACAAAUAACAAAUGUAGCUUGCAAGAUGCUGAGUCCUGCGAACGGGGAGCAGCUGCACGCUGUGAACUAUGUGGAGGACUAUCUGGAUUCAAUCGAGUCUCUGCCUUUCGAUCUCCAGAGGAACGUUUCUCUGAUGAGGGAAAUCGAUGCUAAAUACCAAGACAUCCUGAAGGAGCUGGAUGAGUACUACGAGAAGCACAAGCGGGAGACGGACGUGGUGCAGCGGCGGCGGAUCCUGCACUACAUCCAGCGAGGUCUGAUCCGCAGCCAGGAACUGGGCGACGAGAAGAUCCAGAUAGUCAACCAGAUGGUGGAGCAGGUGGAGAACCGGAGCCGGCAGGUAGAGGGCCACGUUGAGCUCUUCGAAAACUGCGCCGACACCAACGACGCCAAUGGCAAGACGUCGGUGGACAGGUCCAAGAACGAGGGGGCGGCACCCGUGGAGAAAGCCUGCGCCAAGAGGUCCAGGAGACAGCGCAACAAUGAGAACCGGGAGAACACCUCCAGCAACCAUGACCACGAGGAGAGCAGCGCCGGUAUGCCCAAGGAGAAGAAAGCUAAGACAUCCAAGAAGAAGAAGAGGUCCAAAGCCAAGGCGGAGAGGGAAGCCUCUCCCGCUGACCUCCCCAUCGACCCCAACGAGCCCACUUACUGCUUGUGCAACCAGGUCUCGUACGGGGAGAUGAUUGGGUGUGACAAUGAUGAGUGUCCCAUCGAAUGGUUCCACUUCUCCUGUGUGAGUCUCCACCACAAGCCCAAGGGCAAAUGGUACUGUCCCAAAUGCCGGGGUGAGAAUGAGAAAACUAUGGACAAGGCACUGGAGAAAUCCAAAAAGGAACGGGCCUACACCAGAUAGUUUCAGUCGCAGCGCCUACUCUGUACAGCAGCAAAUUCCCGUGUAUUUAUUACUGAAGUGGUUGCCUCUAUGGGCAACAGGAUGGUUGGAGUGUAUUUUAACAAAGGCAUUUGUUCUGCAGACCAGUUUAUAGUUUUUUUUUUUCAAGUAACGGUGAAGACUAAAAGAGCCCAGGUUUCCAAGUCUCAUGUCUGGUGCCUGGACUCGUUUUUGUUUUGUAAGGAAAAAAAACACUUUCUUGAGAAAAUUGUAAAAAUGUCAAUUGUCCUUUCAUUUUUUUUAAAUACUUCUUCUCCAUCUGGACAAAAACAAUAAAGAAGUGGGAAUGGUUUUAUUGAAAUAUUUAUCAGAAAUAGCUGCCUUUUUAGUUUCUCAGAGGUUGUAUAAAUGUACAGGUAGGAACUUUACAUGUAUAGUGUACGAUUCACCAGUAUAGGGGUUUAACCAGAUUGUAAGAAAUUAUUUUAUUGUUACUUGUUUAACAGAAACCUGUACAGCUGUGAUAUAUAAAGGAAGAAUGAAGGAGCUGCCCAGUGA